CAUGUGCGAUACCACACCAUGUCCUCCUGCUGAAGAUCCGCUACCUCCUGCUUUGCAUCCAGUUCUAUACCCGGUGCAUGAUAAUCCACAAUGCUCAUGGUCAACGCUGCCGCCACUGUGGUCCUCACAAAGACUGUGCGGGUAUCCGCCGAUGCAGGACCCGAACUCCCUCAGCUUCCACAGAUCACAAAGGGCACUCUGGCAGGGAUCGUCGUCGCAAUUUCCGGAAACAUCAUUAUCUCUCUUGCGCUCAACUGCCAGAAGCUUGCUCACAAACGCUUAGAGCAGAAACGCGAGGCCAGGGCGCGAGAGCUCGAGAGUUGUCCCACGAGCAGUGCGUCGGACAGCGAUUCACUAUCGACCGGCCACAUCGAUUUGGAGAGGCGACGCGUUAAUGAUCUUGCCCAUGGAAGAGUCACAAAGAGUUCAUCCCUCGACCCGCCAGCUGAACUUGUCACACUUGUGGAGACAGAACCAUUGCUGGAGUCACCGAUAUCUUUCACCUCGUAUGGUAGUGCUUCCGCCAAAAUCUCGCGCAAACGACAAGGCAAAUGGAAAUUACCUUUACUAUCUAAGCUGCUCGCUUCCCGCAAGGAUAAUGAGGACGUCAUUCACGAGACGGAUACCGCUCAUUUAGCCACUACCCAUGCGCUGACGCCUGUCGAUGUCAUCCCGGUCCGACCUGGUUCCGUGAAUUCUUUGCACAGGGAAAGCAGUGAUGAAGUUUGGGGUAAUGAGAGUGAUUACCUCAAAUCCAAAUUGUGGUGGCUGGGAUUUCUCCUCAUGAAUAUCGGGGAACUCGGCAACUUCAUAUCGUACGCAUUCGCUCCUGCUUCGGUUGUCGCACCUUUGGGUACAUUCGCUCUUAUUGCCAAUUGCAUAUUUGCACCAGUAAUGCUUAAAGAGCACUUUGUCAAGCAAGACUUUUUGGGCAUUAUCAUCGCAACGAUCGGAGCUGUCACUGUCGUGCUAUCCUCCAAUUCAUCGGAUGUACAAUUAGACACAAAGGGUCUCCUUCACGCUAUCACCCAGCGCCCAUUCCUCGCAUACGCUGGGACUUACAUUGGGGGUGCCGUGGUACUUUCUUGGCUAUCUCAAGGGGAGUUCGGAAAGAGAUGGGUAUAUGUCGAUGUCGGAUUGUGCGCCUUAUUUGGAGGGUUCACUGUGCUUUCCACAAAAGCAAUAUCAACGUUACUAACGCGCGAAUGGUUUGAUGUGUUCACUGAAUGGAUCACUUACCCAGUAAUCGCUGUAUUGAUAGGAACCGGCAUUGGGCAAAUCAGAUACCUUAAUCGCGCCCUAAUGCGCUUCGAUAGCAAGCUUGUAGUACCAACACAAUUUGUUCUAUUCAACCUAUCCGCCAUAAUAGGCUCCGCAAUACUGUACGGAGACUUCAUCGAGGCCACCUUCCAUCAAAUAAUGACAUUUCUAUACGGUUGUGCCGCUACUUUCGCGGGUGUCUUCAUCAUCGCAUGGGCUCCGUCUGGCUUGGACGAGCCUAGUGAAGUAGAGGGUGCCGAAGAUGACGAGUUGCUACCAGACGUCGAUGAAGGUCCCACUCGCUCGAGGUCGGGAAGCGUGGCAAGAAGGAACAGGGCGAAGCCGGUUAUUUCGGAAAGUACGACUGCAUCCCCGGCGCUGAGAUAUCGGCACAGCAUUGUUGGCAUGUACGGGCUGUCCCCAGCUCAGCGUGUCCUCCUCCUGAACCCCUCUCCGAGAGACGAAAUUCAUCCUCAUUCACAUGACCCGGAAAGCCAAUUAUCGUCAACCCCGGAUUCGGUCCGUCGGCGAAGAGCCAUCAGCUGGCUGGGUGAUGAUGGCGGGCACGGUGGCUGGAGGAGCGCGACGAUACCCAUCGCUGGGACCAGGGAGAGUAGCCGCAACUCGUUCGCACAACGAGAAUAACGUUGUUAGCAGGAGCUUGGGUCGGACCCGGAGUCCGGAUCGACGGCUUCCGCUGUGUAUAUGCAUGCUUCGCCUUAAUGAUGUGUCUGGACAUUCUACGCUCAAUAUACCGGUUCGUCAACGUCUUCUCGUUAUAGACUAUCUAAUAUACGGCUAGAGUAAUGUUGAGUAGAUAGUAUGCCUCUUCGUAAAUAUUACGUCCUGUGACCGUGCAGCAGGGAUAGUAAUGACUACGUUGCGGUGAUAUUUCAUUCCUGUACUUCGCGGAACACAGAUGCUACGGAGUGAUAGAUACAAAAAGGGGACUGCCAAUGCCAAUAGGCAAGGAUCCGGAG